AUGACUUCUUUAUAGGAGGUGAAUGAUAAUCUCAGAUAGUAAAUAAUCGAGUUGACGCAGAAAUUGGAAUUAAAAGAGAAGGAAAUUGAUCAACUGAAAUCUCCUCAGAAACCAUCAAAUCAGUUUGAAACAUAAACCUUAGAAUUAUAAAUAAUACAAUAUAAGCAUCUUCAAACAAAAUUAGAGAAUGAAAAUGAGCAAUUAAGAAAUAAACUAUCUCAAAUGAUUAAUUCCUAAGUAGAAACAUAAAAGACGCUGUUGAAAUAAAAAUAGCAGAUGCAAAAUGUUAAUAAAAAUUUAUUUUCCCUUUCUUCAUAAAUUCAAGAGGAGGACAGUCCGUUAAAAUAGGUUAUAAAUAAAUUAAUAGAAAAUGAAUAAGAUCCAUUAAUUACAUAAAGUCUUGACAUAGAAGCAUAACUAAAAAUGAAUGAAUUAAAACGUAUCAACAAUUAACUUACUAGUCGAGUUCAACAACUCGAAGAAAAGUCACAAUACAUGAUUGCUAGAUAAUUUUAAGAUGCUGCUACAAUUCUAAAGCUUAAAAAAGAAAAAUAAGGGUUGAUAGAUCAAUUAGAACAGUAAGGAUAAGAAUUAUAGCAAGAAUUACAGAAAUCAAGACUUACUGCUUUUCCUGAUAUUACCCUAUCUUUCUCAGAUUUGUAUUUAGAAAUUCCUAAUAUUGAUUAAAUCAAAGAAAAAUUUGAGUAAUUAAUCUAAUUAUUUUUACAAUAACUCUUAUAAUAAAAUACAAAUUACGAGUUAGGUGAGUCAUUAGUCAAAAGUCAUAGAAGCAACUCUUCUCGACGUUUAGAUUAGGUUUAAAAUCAGUUUAAUGAUAUUUUAAAGCAUAUUAAUAGAGGUUCAUAAAGAAUUAGAGAGUUUACUUUAGAAAAUCAGAUAUUUGAGUCUUUCAUAUAUGAAAAACCACAAAAUUAAGAUAAAUCAACUUAAACUGAAAAAAUUGAAAAUGAUGCAAGUGCCGAGCAUUUUUUGAGUGAACAGACAAGAAAAUUAGAGAAUGAUGUAAAAAGCCCAAGAGUUUAAGGUGAAUGCAAAGGAGUUGAUGCAGAAUAAUAGACAGAAGACAUAGAUUUAAAUCAAUUUUUGUUAAAUUCGAUGACUCCUUUAAUGUUUUCUGCAAUUCCUUAACUUCAUACUGAAAAUGAUAUUGUAGACGAAUAAUAAUAAUAAGUACAAGACAAAAGUCCUUUAUUUUUGAGGAGUGGGAUUAAAAAUGAUACACGAUUUGAUGAAGGAUAACUAAUAGGUAUUGUUGAAUAAUUAACGCUUUAAUUAAAAUACACAAAGAAGCAAUGGUAUAACUCAGUCGACAAAUGUUUAAGAGCAUAAGAAGAAUUAGAACGAUUAUCAGAAAUUGAAGCCUAAUACAAUCAUUUGAGUUAAUAGUAUUUAACUUCCAAAAAAGACUUAGAUAAAUAAAAAUUCAAGUACCAGUAGUUAUUAGACAAAUAUUUUGAGAUUGAACUAAAGUGA